AUGGCCACUUUCGCCGCGCCCCAAAUACCUGCAGCCAGGAAUGUCAUGAGGUACCUCAAAAAGCUUGAAGAAAGAUCAUCGAACAGGAAGCAACGCAUUGGCCGUAUGAGCAACCGCAUCAACUCCAAGAACCACACGAUCAGACGUCUGCGCAGCUAG